AACGGCACAGAAGCCCCAAUAGCCUUCUACUCCAGAACGAUGUCCUCGACAGAGAGGAACUAUAGCCAGUUGGAUAAGGAAGCGCUAGCCAUUGUGUCAGGGGUAAAAAAGUUUCACGAAUACGUUUUCGGGAGAGACUUUGAAAUUGUUACAGACCAUAGACCUCUGUUAGGGAUACUGGCUGGCGACCGCCCAACGCCUGUGGCACUUUCGCCACGAUUGACCCGAUGGACCAUCUUCUUAGCCGCUUAUUCCUACAAGCUGCAGCAUCGACCCGGAAAAGAGUUGGGGCAUGCGGACGCCUUAAGCAGAUGCCCACUACCAGGGGCGAUCGAAGACCCCACUCCGGGGACGCCCAUCCUGCUAAUUGACUCUCUGGACUCUGGCCCAGUCACGUCUAAGGAGGUGGCUCGGGCAUCAUACCGGGACAUUAUUUUGAGGACUGUACUCGGUUGGGUACAAAGAGGGUGGCCCGCUGCGCCGGGCGAGCGUUUUAAAGAAUUUGUAAAAAAACGUGGGGAACUUUCGGCUCAAGGGGGGUGCCUGCUAUGGGGGGAUAGAGUGGUGAUCCCAGAGAAAUUAAGAAAAAGGGUGUUGGAUCUCCUGCACGAGGGUCACCCAGGGAUCGUUAGGAUGAAGGGUCUAGCGAGAAGCUAUGUAUGGUGGCCCUUAAUGGACUCCGAAAUUGCUGAAAGGGUAGGGAAAUGCCAGGCCUGCCAGGAGUCCAGACCUCUACCCCCAACGGCCCCGGUUCGGGAAUGGGAAAGACCCCAAGGGCCCUGGUCAAGAAUCCACAUUGAUUUUGCCGGCCCCUUCCACGGCCAAACCUUCCUGGUAGUAGUUGAUGCCUACUCCAAAUGGCUGGAAAUCAUUCUCAUGAGAUCCAUGACAGCCGAAGCUGUGAUCUCAGUCCUACGGCACCUAUUUGCAACACACGGGUUGCCUGACACAUUGGUUUCCGAUAACGGCCCGCAAUUCACGGCAACACAGUUUGAGGAAUACUUGGCAGAAGAGGGCAUCCGCCAUGCCCUCUCGGCGCCUUUCCACCCUGCGACGAAUGGCCUUGCAGAGCGUUUCGUCCGAAGCGCGAAAGAGGCAUUAUCCAGACUCAAGCCAGGCGACUGGCAAUCAAAAAUAGAUAUUUUCCUAGCCGUCCAACACCGAACCCCCUGUGCCACCACCGGCAGAAGCCCUGCCGAAUUACUAAUGGGCCGAAAACUCAGGUGCCCACUAGACCGUUUAAAU